CAUUUGUUUUGAGAAAGUACAAAGGACGGGACUACGACGACGACGAUAUAUAAAAAAAAUUUUUCUCUUCAUUCACAAAAAAAGAUAACUAAAUUGAAUUGGAAAAAAAUGUCUUAAGUUUUUUCCCACAAACAAAAACUUCCUCAACUUAAUCCAUAAGUGAAUUUCCUUGCCCAUUUUAUUAUAUUGCAUGAAUAAAACCAAUUAAAAAACAUGCAAAUCCUUAAAGUUCUUCACAUAUUAUGCAAAAAAAACGUUCAACACAAUUAAUGUAAAAAAAAAAGAAAAUAGAAUUAGUGGUGGUGGAAACACACAGCAAAAAAAAUAUAUUUUAAUUUAAACGAUGAUUAAACUCGAAACUGACUCAGAUAGCUCAGAGGAAUUCUUCGAUGCUGAAGAUUCCCAAACCCCAAAUCGAUUAUCAAGUCGAAAAUCACCGCCUGAAACUACCAACAAAAAUGAAGAACAAUUCAUUUUUCCCGAGCCCGCUGUUAAAGUUAACAGCGACGAUGAGUCGACACCCGUCGGCGGUGGAACACCCUCCACCAUAAGUCCAUCGACAAGUCUAAAUGCCAGAUAUACUAAGCAGGAUGUUUUUGUCGAACCCAAACCCUUGGGCAUGUAUGGUAGACAACGCUUUCGCGAACUGCGACAAUGCAUGCAAAAUGAUGAAGAUGAGAAUCCUGGAAAUACACUGACACCUGAUUCUCAGAAUAGUUCCACUGAGGGUGUAUUUACGAACCGUCCUACCCAUCCGUUCCGUGUAAUUGAAAACGAUGCUAUCAGUAUCCAAAGCAUGACUUCCUUGGGACGGGUGGGCAGAAUUCUAGCCGGGAGCGUUGAUCCCUCGGCAAUUAGUAUAGAUCGCGAAUCGAUACAAAACUCCAUUUCCUCUAACUCGCAGCAAGCACAAAAUCCUAUUCCAUCGUUGACAGCGAGUGCGACCAAUUCGCAGUCAACCACACCGGACACGCAUACCGCUUCCAGUCGCAGUGAUACUGACACAAAGUCCAUAGUGAGUGGCCAAGUGAAAGAGAAGCGACAAGUAGUGAUGGAAACGCAGCAACCGCAAACAAAUAAAAUUAUCCUUCAGGAACCCGAUGUCAUUGCCAGCACUAAACUGGCUCACUCGAAAACAACUGACAGUAUUACAUCAAGUGGUCCGAUUGCUCCACCCAGACGAAAGAAGAAACCCAGAAAAAUUUCGUCAAGCUCUUCGGAACAAUUCAAUAUGAACGAAGGACUUCGUUUGCCGCCAGCAGAUGAUGAUGACGAUACUAUAUCGAUAAAGAGCGUCAAGGACGUUCAAAAGCUACGCGAAGACAUAGUUAAAGCAAUUGAAAACUCUUGGAAUGAAAACUCAUCGAUAACAACAGCGGCAAGCAAUAGCCGACCCGUCACAACGACUGCUGCUGGUGGAACAAUAAAUAGAAUUUCCCAUUCUUUGGGCAAUAGUUCGACGUCGGUUUAUUCCAAACCAUCUCCCUCGAACAGUGCAAAGAGUAACUCUGCGCCUGGUCGCGUGAGGUACUUUUCUAAAUAUUUUAUGAAAUUGUCGUUUCAUGCCCUGCCACGCAAUAGCUCGAUUGAUCCUAGUCAAGGACUGAAUCUCUAUAAGGCAACUCAGGGUGGAUAUGUUGUGAAGCCACGGGAUGAGGCAUCAAAUAAAGCUGAAGGACCGACACAAGAGGAAAUCGAUAGAAUUGAAAAGAUUUUAAUGGAAAACCUACCCCGACCGAAACUAGCUGGAACUGGAUCUAAUAGUUUAGGCAGUGCAACAAGAUAUCCAUCACUCAUCUAUAGAUCCAGCAGUGAAAAGGAACGCCGCAAAUCAGCCGGUGAUGAAGAUGUUUUAAAACAAAUGAACAUUUAUGUCCGUACUCGCACAGACUCUGGUAAACAAUUAACAGAUUUUGAAAUCCUGGAACAAGUUCCUGUAAAAAAUUUGGAUACAGGAGAGAAUAUGCCUUUAUCCUCAGUAAAACCACCACCCGUCCCCGAAGGCUGGAAUCCAUUGUCAUUGCACAUUCUCAAACUGACCAGCCAUCUGGAGGUGAUGCAAAAAGAAUCAGACGAAGAGAGUGUUAUUGGGAUUCCGGCUAGCAGUGAAGUUGCACCUGACGAAGAAGAAUGCGAAACAGAAGAUGGUAAUCGAUUGAAAAAGAAAACCGCCAAAAUCAAGCGAUUCUUUGGUUCAACAAUGCGUAAGACUGUCGAUAAGGCAAAGUCACUUGCCUCGGAGGUGUCUCAUGCACGUCACAAAGAAGAUGUGGCUGAUAUUGAAGACGUUAUGAAUCCAGAAAUUAAUAUUAAGAUAAAGGCAUCCAGUACGAAUAAGGGUCCGUACGAGUUUACAAAAUUGCAGCAUGUUCAGGAUUUGUCUGGGGAACACACCGGUGCCGUUUGGUGCAUGAAAUUUAGCUCCUGUGGGCGCCUUUUAGCAACUGCUGGUCAGGACAAGGUGCUUCGCAUUUGGGUACUUAAAGAUGCUUACCCCUUUUUCCAAGAUAUGCGAACGAAAUAUAAUGCAGAUCAAAAAUCCUCACCUACUCCGUCUCAAGAGUCUCUGGUGUCACAACAUUCGGCUGAAGAAGCCAUUGCAAUGGCAACAGCCGCAGAAAAAUGCACUGGGCCUUUUAUGCCAAAAGCAUUUUGCUCCUACAUUGGUCAUACUUCUGAUCUUCUCGAUGUUUCUUGGUCAAAGAACUAUUUCAUUCUAUCAAGUUCCAUGGAUAAAACUGUUCGUUUGUGGCACAUUUCACGCAAAGAGUGUCUAUGUUGUUUCCAACAUAUUGAUUUUGUAACAGCGAUUGCUUUCCAUCCACGUGACGAUCGAUACUUUUUGAGUGGCAGUUUGGAUGGAAAACUUCGACUUUGGAAUAUUCCGGAUAAGAAAGUAGCCCUGUGGAAUGAAGUGGAUGGACAAACGAAGCUGAUUACAGCAGCGAAUUUCUGUCAGAAUGGUCAAUUCGCAGUAGUUGGAUCUUACGAUGGUCGAUGCAUUUUCUACAACACCGAUCAGUUGAAGUAUCACACCCAGAUUCAUGUGCGAUCAACUCGUGGUAAGAAUCGCAUUGGGCGAAAGAUUAGCGGUAUUGAGCCGAUGCCUGGCGAGGAUAAGAUUUUAGUAACUUCUAAUGACAGUCGAGUGCGAUUGUAUGAUUUGCGUGAUCUUAACUUGAGUUGCAAAUAUAAGGGCUAUGUAAAUGUUUCGUCCCAAAUUAAAGCAUCUUUCAGUCACGAUGGUAAAUAUAUUGUGGCAGGAUCGGAGAAUCAAUGCAUUUACAUUUGGAAAACAAAUCAUGAUUACUCAAAACUUAGUUCGGUUCGACGAGAUCGCAGUGACUUUUGGGAGGGUAUUAAAGCACAUAAUGCUACAGUGAAUUGUGCAAUUUUUGCACCUCAUCCCGAGGCCAUCAUUAAACCAGAACCUGAUGAGAUUUCUUACGAAAAGACUCAAAACAAUCAACCCGAUCCUUUGGUUGAACAACGAAAGAAAGGUUGUGGCUAUGUCCUGGUCAGUGCUGAUUUUAAUGGAGCAAUUAAAGUGUUUAUAAAUAAAACUAAACCUAAACACAGUAGUCUACCAUAUACAGCAAUUGCUGACUAAAGAUCACCGACUAUUUUUCUGAAAAACAAAAAUGUUUACUUUAAUGCAAAACUUUUGCAAAUACAUAAUAUAAACAAAAAUAUUAAUUUUAUUGAUUCUCAAUAAAUAAAAAGGCUUUGGCCAUUCUUUAGAGUAAAUCCAAUUCAAUAAUAAAAUUAAAAUAUUUCGCAUUUUUAAGUUCUUUAAAACAACAACAAAAAAAUAAAGAAAAAAAUUUAAAUAAAAUACAGAAGUGCUAUUAUGUAAAAUUAAGCAACUAAAAUUUAAUUUUCCAAAGCAUAGCAACAAAUUGUGAAAGUCUCCUGAGUAUUGUGUAUUUUUUUUAAAUUAAUCAUUAACUUUGUUUUAAUCUAUUUUAUUUGUUAAACAACAAAAUGUUCGUGUUUUUUUUUUUUUAUUAAUUCGAGUAAUGCGCAUAUCCAGGUUAGGUUGCAAAAUAUAUUUUGUUACAUACAUAGAUAAAAGAAAUUAAAAAUUGAUGGAAAAGGAAAAAACAUUUUUAAAAAUUAUAAUAAUUAAAUUAUUCGAGUAUAAUUGAAUACAAUUUAAACUAAUAAAAUAUUUCAGUGUAAAAAAUUAUGUAACGUAAGAGAGAAAGUUGAUAAAAAAAAUAACUUGAAUGUGUAAUAAAAUACUAAAUAAAUAUUAAAGUCAAAUAUAAUUUAUAAAUAGACAAA